AAGAGUCCAGUGAAGUCCAGCUGAGAGAGAUACAGGAUUUGCUCGUGUGCUGGUCGUGUCAGGUGGACUGUAGGUCUGUAAAGAGCUCUGCAGAAGUCCUGAGAUGGUGUAGUUUUUGAGUAGCUGACAGAUCGGUCAGUAGAGGGGGUUGUAAGAGUGGUCAUAUCUGCAGUCGUGCUGUCUCUGUAUGUAGUGAGGAGGCUCUGUAACUCAGGAAGAAUGCAGGUUGGUUUGUAUCUGCUGCUUGUGCUCCACAUUGCUGAAGGCUGCAAACUGAAAGAUGGAAAGACAGAAGAGAUUACUGCAUACACAGGAGGGUCAGCACUGCUGCCCUGUUACUGCACUGACCCACAAGCCACACCUGGGAGAUUUACCUGGAGGAAACUUAGCACAGACAUAGACAUAUGGGAAGAGAUGUCCAGUGAAAGUGGUCAGUACAGAGACAGAGUUCAGCUGGUUAAUGGUCACUCUCCAGGAAAUCUCUCUCUACUCAUAUCACUCCUGACUGAAGAGGAUGGAGGAUAUUACAGGUGUGAAGUUGAAGGCAGAAUCAAAUAUAUCAGACUCACAGUUAAAGGCUGCACUCUGACCAAGACAACAUUAGAUAUCACAGCUCAUACAGGAGGGUCAGUACUGCUGCCCUGCUCCUGCACUGAGCUACGUGCCAAACCCAAGACAUUCAGCUGGAACAAACACAUCAAUCCAAAUUGGGACAGCAUAACCUUUGAAAGUGGUCAGUACAGAGACAGAGUUCAGCUGUUUAAUGGUCACUCUCCAGGAAAUCUCUCUCUACUCAUAUCACACCUGACUGAAGAGGAUGGAGGAGAUUACAGGUGUGAUGCUUUGCCAAGUGGAUACACAGACAUCAGCCUCACUGUUAAAGCAGCUCCAACACUUGACUGGAACACUCAUCUGAGAUCUUCAACUGAACCUUCUUCCACAAUGUCUUCUCAUGAAGGAAAGUCAAACCUGUAUGGUGCUGCUGGUGAUGCAGAACCUCAUCAGUCUCUGCCCUUCGUCCCCUUUGCCUUGGUGACUGUGAUCUUUCUCCACAUUAUAGUAGCUGUGGUUUAUCACACCAAGAGAAACAAAGAUCCUGCUACAAUUUACUACAGCAAUGAUGAAGAUGGAGCAGUGACUGUACAGAAGAGAAUAAAACCAACAGACAUCAACAGACCAGCUACUGACAAGACUUUAUCUGCUGACCAACUCCUGACUUUCACGCCAGAUCAGACCAUAUAUUGA